AUGUGUGAAUUGUCAGUGCAGCUCGAUGAAUUGCUACUGUGGAAGAUCGUUCAAUUCGUACAAAAGACAGAAACAGCAGAAAGCAUGAAGCCGGUAGCAUUAUUACAGCCACCAAAUACAGAACUUGAUAAAUUGGACCGAGUGCAAGCGCGUCGAUGCUAUUUUGGCACGUUGGACCUAGAAGUAGGAGCUGUAUCACUUUCAGGUAAGGGCAUCCUUGCUCGGGCUUUUCUGUGCUACUGA